GCUGCAUCUUUCUUCCGGAGUGCUAGUACCAGUACCACUUUGAGUCGACGACCAUUCGGCUCAAGCUCAUCAACCGGCGCCCGAUCAAGCGCAGUUCCAUCCCAUCCAGAGCCUUUACGAGAAGAUUCUAUUAGAAAUCGGGAGAACCUGGUGGUCUCAAACCGAGAAAUUCGACAGUUGUUCGACACAAUCAAAGAACUGGGGGAUAUAGUAAAGCGGCAAAAUGCCAAACUAUACAGUUUGAGCGUGGAACUGGAAAACGCUUGUAAAGAAGUGGCUGAGGUGAAGACCGAACUACAGACUGUACGACACAAGCUCGAUCGCCAACCUCAGUCGACUGAGAAGGAGAAUAUCCUUCGUGGGCCUGUUCCAAAGCAACUAAAGGUUUGUGCAAAUUUUUGUUCCAGCACUGUAGCAAUAGGCGUUUCCUUUUAAGCUUCGAUUCUGGUAUGGGAAGUAUUUUAAGCUUGUGGGACAGUAUUCCCUUCUUUGUGAUGUUAAUACCGCAUGUCAUAUGGCUUGUUUGAAACUAAGCCGAGAAUAAUAAAUACUCGGGGGGCGGCCUCCAAGAUUGCUCCAGUGUAUGAAGUUUUGAGAAUGUCAGAAAUCAUUUGCCAAUAGUGCCUGAAAAUCAACUUCUGCAAUUUAGUUUUAAAGCUACUGAAAAGGUUACUCCACAUAGUUCAGUACAGAUUGUUUUUUUCUGUAAUAAUUUACAAAAAUGUCCUUAAGUUAAAGUAGAUGUUAUUGUUCAUUGAGGUUAAAUAGAUAAAUGAGCAUUUAAUCAUUUUUCUCAUGAUUUAGAGUCAGACUAUCAAAAGUUUGAUUGGGUGUUUCGACAGCUACACUGCUAGUCUUCUUCAUCAGGUGAUGAAGUCAAAUGUUUAUGUGUUGCUAUAUGUAGCACCUUGGUGUUUUGUCAUUGGUACAUUUUGGCCCUCCAUCAUUGGGAUAUUUUGAUCCUCAUUAUUAUUCCAACCAGCAGAUGUUGUUCUCCCGUAGGUCAGCUUUUUUUACUGACUAGCUGUUAUGCUUUUUGAUUGUGGGCAUCCAUGCUUAAGGAAUUUAAAUUCUGCUCUCAUUAUUGAUUAAGAAGCCAUCCACAUAAAACUUUACCCUAAUAACAUCAAUAGAGAGUGGGAUCAAAAUUUCUGAAGUGUGGAUGGCUACAGUUAAAAAGCAUCACAGCCGGUCAGUAACAAAGCGGACCUAUGAGGGAAUAACAUCUGCUAGUAGGAAUAAUAAUGAGGAUUGAAAUUCACCAAGGACAGAGUACUACAAUGUACCAAUGACAAAACACCAAAGUACUACAUAUAGCGACAUGUAAACAUUCAAACAUGCUGCCUGACAAAGACUAGCAGUGUAGCAGUAGGAAACAUUGCUGUCAAACUUUUGAUAGCCUGAGUCUAUGUCAUGAGACAAAUGAUUAAACAUUUAUUUCUUAAUUUGUCCCUAAGUUGUUUGUUUUUGUAAAUAAAACAUCUUGUAUUCUGGCUAGAAAUUUUAAACCACACAAUUGUAAGCAUAAUUUGUUACCCAUGAUAUUAUUAGAAUUUGAACUUAACUCCCUUAUUUCACUUUUCACCUUUGAUUCCACAUACACUGUUCUUAUAAGAAACGUUAAUGUUCUUAUAAUUAAUUUUGUUUGAAUUUAAGGGUGAUGUGCACUUGUUGCACAACAAACAAGAAGUUGAACUUUAGUUUUGUGGAAGUGAAGGGUGAGUAAAAGAUAUCUAUUCAGGAUAUUAAGAGUUCGUCUGUGGAAUGUUUUGGAAAUGCACCUAUCAUAAGCCAUCUCCUGGAGGGGGAACCUUGGUUAAGGGAGGGACUUUGCAAAGGGUGUAGUCAAAGAACUUAAUUUCCUUUUCUAGGUGGGGACAAAGGACAACCAAAGUUAAGAGAUUGUCCCUCCUAGAGGGGUGGCACAUUUCAGAACAAGAAGCCACAUUAAAAUUUGCAGGACAAAUUAAAGCUUUGCUUACUUGUGACUGAAAAGGAUUACUUUCACAAGACAAAAAAAGAUUUUACACAAUGCUUAAUAGUCCUCCAUUUUGAUCCAAGCAAACCACAAGGAGAUGGAGAAGCCUGUGUUCUUGUGUAUUGUGGUCUUUUCUGUCAUUUAAAACAACAACUGAAGUGAGCUCUCUGCAAAGUCCCCUGAUUUUUUGAUUGGCUGGCAAAUGGGGAAGACAGGAUUUUAUUUGUCUGUGAUUUUCCCUCAAGCAUUUUCCUACAAGCAAACUUUGUUGGCCAUGUGAAUAUCUUAUUUUAGUCAAGAUGCUGAGCAAUUGGCCUUGUUUACUUUUUACAUCUUCACAGAUCUUGACAAAGUCUCAGUUCAUAAACACACAAAAAUUUUAUCGCCUUCCAAACAAGCUUGGUCACUAACUUAAACCUAUAUUUAAUUUUGUUCAUCUUUAUGCACCUUUCUAACAAAGCAUUACUACUAUAACAUUCCUUUGUAGUAUUGAUACUGCCCACAACAGUGCUGUUCGAGGAUUUCUUUGUAAGCAACUGGAAAAGGAAAACAAUGACUAUGAAAAGUCAAUUAUCAAGUGUAAGUGAUGUGUUCAUAUGAUUUCUCUUUAAAGUACAUACAUAAAUGUGCUACUAGAGUGUGCAUGCAAUUUACUUUUCUGGUCCAACAAAAUGUGGUCACCUUGUAAGAAAUUUUUUAAACUUUUGUUUAAUUCAUCUGAAAGUUUGUUGUCUAGAGUACCCUAAAACAGAGCUUUUCGAGGUGCGUAACCUGUCUUGUGCCUGCCUUUAGUAGAAGACCUCUAUUGUUCCUGUUGAAUGAAACUUAACUUCGAAGAGACACAUUUGAUGCAUAUCAAACAAUUUAAUAGGUUGAAUUUGAAAAUGACCUAACCUGACUUUCUCAUCGAAUGUUGAUGUAAGGUUGCCAUUUACUUGAGAGAACAAAUGGAUAAAUUUGAGAAAAGUAGCUUUCAAUGUUAGGACAAGAUUCUCAUCAAAGACUUUUUCAUGAAUUUGGGUAAUAAAUAAAUAAUUAUCAAUUAACCUAAUACUAUUUUUAUGUACCAGGUGCUGUGUCAAGAUAUUAUGAAACAAAAAGACAACAAUAUCUUGACAAUCCACCUGACAGAAGAAAUAAAGUAGAGAAGACUGCUCUGCAAUAA